AUUUUCUUCCGUAGCAAGGCCAACAAUGUUUUAGUACCCGAUUCUGACACUUGUGGCGUACGGUAACAUUUCAUUGUGGGAUGUCGUUCUGAGCCUUUUACACGCGGGGAGCAAGAUGUUGACCUCCGGCGCUAAAAUCGUGAAAACUGGCGGCUCCGAGCCCGAUGCCUUCGAGGGCCAGAUCUCGCAAGCCCUGCUUGAACUGGAAAUGAACUCUGACCUGAAGGCUCAGCUGAAGGAGCUGCACAUUACCAAGGCUAAGGAGAUCGAGCUCAGUGGCAAGAAAUCCAUCAUCAUCUAUGUGCCGGUGCCGCAGCUGAAGCAAUUCCAGAAAAUCCAAACCCGGCUUGUUAGGGAGUUGGAAAAGAAGUUCUCUGGCAAUCAUGUGGUGUUCGUCGCAGAGAGGAAAAUUCUGCCAAAGCCCACAAGAAAGACCAGAACGAAGAACAAGCAGAAGAGGCCCCGCAGCCGUACUUUGACUGCCGUGUACGACGCCAUUCUGGAAGACCUUGUUUUCCCUGCUGAAAUUGUUGGCAAGAGGAUCCGAGUGAGGCUGGAUGGCUCUCAGUUAACUAAGGUCCACCUUGACAAGACCCAACAGACGAAUAUCGAACACAAGGUGGAAACGUUCUCAGGGGUUUACAAGAAGUUGACCGGCAGAGAAGUCAGCUUCGAAUUCCCCGAACCCUAUCUGUAAACUUUGGUUGGAAUAAACUUCAUUAAUAAAACA